AUGCCACCCAAGCGCAUGACCGCGAACCCGGUCAAGCCGGGACGUUACUUCCCCGGCAAGGCCGUCCCCCAAGAGGACUCAUCAGAAUCGGACGCGAGCGAUGACGAAGAAAAGGCAAACGACGACACAAGCAAGGCCCGCGCGAUCAAGCCGCCGCCAAAGGCAUCGAGCGCAGCCAAGAUCGCGAGCAACGUCAGCAAAGUCAACCUCGACGAACGGAGGCGCGAGGCGCAGGACAAGGAGAACCAGAGGAUAGCGCGCGAGAAAGCGGAGCGGCUCGCUGCGGAAGAAGGUUUCGUCACAGAAGAAGAAGAGGAAGAGGGAGAAGAUGACGAUGAAGGCGAAGAAGAAAGCUCCAGCGAUGAGGAAAGCAGCAGCGAAGAAGAAGCACCCCGCCGCCUUAUGAUCCGACCCAAAUUCAUCCCAAAGAACCAGCGCAACGCAGCAGCGGCAGCCGCCAAAGGACAGUCGUCCACCAAAGACGACGAGACGCGCCAGGCAGAAGAAGAAGCACGCCGCAAAGCCGCCGCCGACGCCCUCGUCGAAGAACAAAUCGCAAAGGACCUCGCCGCCCGCGCCGCCGGCAAAAAGCACUGGGACGACGACGAGGCCUCGGGCUCCGACGUCGACACGACAGACGACCUCGACCCGGAGGCCGAACUCGCAGCCUGGCGCCUCCGCGAGCUCAAGCGCGUCAAGCGCGAGCGCGACCGCAUCGCCGAGCAGGAAGCAGAGUACGCCGAGCGCGAGAGGCGGCAGAACCUCACGCAAGAGGAGCGCGACGCCGAGGACGCGGACAAGAUUGCCGCGCAGCAGGACGAAAAGGACGCCAAGGGCAAGAUGUCGUAUCUACAAAAGUACUACCACAAGGGCGCGUUCUACAGCGAGGAGGCGAAGGCGUACGGGCUCGAUAAGCGCGAUCUCAUGGGCAUGCGUAUUGCGGAUGAUGUCAAGGAUCGCAGCGCGCUGCCGGAAUAUCUGCAGAAGCGCGACAUGACGAAGUUGGGACGCAAGGGCGGGACAAAGUACAAGGAUCUCAAGAGCGAGGAUACCGGACGAUGGGGCGAGUUCGAUGACCGGCGUGGCGGGGGUGGUGGUGGUGACCGGAGGAGAGGCGGCUUCGAUAGGGAUGUGGACGAGCGAUUCCGGCCGGACAAUGAUCGUGAGGUUAACGGUGCCAACGCCAUUCCCUUGGGUGACCGCAAGGCGCCUUCAGCUGGUGGUAGAAGUGAUCGUGAUAGGUAUCGCGACGAUAGAGAUGACCGGCGUAGAGACUGGGACGACUACCGCCGUCGAGAUCGGUCGAGGUCGAGGUCGCCGCGCCGCGACUCGCGGGACGACUACAGGGACAGGCGGAAGCGCAGCCCGUCGCGCGAGAGAGAGCGCUACGACAGCGACAAGCGGAGGCGCGUGGACUCUAGAUAA